UUUUCAAAUCAUUUGCAGAUGUUAUUAGAAUGAAUUUUCAAUAAUUUAAAUAUUAUGUGGUUGGUGCAAGACCAGAGCAAACAUAAGCGCAAGGUCACUGAAAAUAGGUUCAAGCCUAGACUCAUGAAAAUUAAAAAAUCCAAUGUCAAUAAGGCAAAGGGAGGCAGCUUUUGGUAUCCGGACCUGGAAUGUGCAGACUCCUAAACUAAAUAUUUCUGUAGAAUCAGGAAAUGUGAAACUGCAAAAGAAAAAUUGUCCAGCCAUUCGCCUGCAAGGCUUGAAAGCCCUUUUAAAUCCUGUGAAAAAUUUGGGCACAAAUAUGAGAGCUCAAACAUUGGCGAGCAGGAAUCUUUGGUACAUGAGCAACAUGCAAAAUGCAUCAGGAAUUCAUAGUAAUUUGUGUAGUUGCGGUUGCGGUAGCAGAAAAGGGGUGCACACAAAAGCUGAAAAAGAAUUGGUAGAAUUCCUGACCGAAGAAAUCCUAGCAGAAAGAAAAGCCCAAAAAGUCAAAAUGAUCCCGACCGAAAUUGAAGGUUUCAAAGCCAGCCUUGAUGGGGCAGAAGUUACUCUUACAAAGAAAACUGAUACGGAAACUAUUAAAGUCAGUUUCAAUGUUAACCAUUCAGUAGAUACAGAUGCAGAGCCCGAAAUGCACGAGAACAUGGACAAACCUGAAAUUGGAGAACUCAAGUCUAAACCCUCAUUUAAAGUUGAUUUGGUUAGAGGUGACACUACUGUUAGUGUUUUGUGCAGUUUUGUACCGCCUAAUGAACAAGAGGAUGGAUACAAUGACGGUUUUGGCAUUGACGAAAUUAGCAUUUACAAUGGAGAAUGGAACGAAAAUGUCUACUCAGUAUCAGGAGAAGUCCUGGAUUCAUACUUAUACGAUCUGAUCUUGAACUACCUUGAAGAAAAAGGCCUGAGCAAUGAAUUUGUAGAAAAACUUUCCAGUUAUAGUACAGCAUAUGAACACUCUGCUUACAUAGGAUUGCUGGAAGGAUUAUCCACUUUUAUUUCAAAAAAAUAGACAUGUAUAUUAUAUAAUUAAGUCAACUAUGUAUUAAGUUAUGGAUUUUUUUAAAAAAUAAAACAAUAUAGCAAAGUAUUUAUUCAUUAAAGCAUGUUAUCUUUAACAGGUGGUUUAUGAGCUAAGUAAAGAGCUAUUAUACUGCUAAAGGCGCUUACAAGGAAAAUAACAUCAAACCAUCUAUGGUAGAAGUUGAAUUGUAAGGCCCCUAAAACGAUAUUUUAGUUAUUUUAAUUUAAACAUUACUAAAGUAUAUACAAACCUAAUACUUGGGUAAUAAUUAUUCUGUAUUGUGCUGGCAUGUUCAUCCUAAGCAGCAACACUGAAGACACAAAAUACAUGCCCAUUAUUUGUGCCAGCAUAAGAACAAUUAUAUUGGAACUUUUGUUUGAAGAUAAUCUAUUGAAAAACUACAAUAAUAAUUAUUAGGUUUUUAAUUUAAAUAAACCAAAUAUACAUUUUACCUUUGUCAGAGUUAACAAAAGUCCUCUGAUUGAAGUAAUAACAAUGCAGCCAACCAAGUAAAAAGAAAUUUGUUGAGACCAAAAAUUAACAUCAAAAUCAAAGCCCAUCCAUGUAACUGCUAUUUCUAUGCCUCUAGUUACUGGAUCUUUUUUGCCUACUCGGUCAAAUACUAUAUUGAUUGUGCACUAAAAAUUACUGUAAAUUCAAAGUUUUCUCUUCUUAAGUUAGAAGACUUACAAUAAAUAUUUUCCAUAAACAAUAACCAGAGAAUAUGUAUCCUAGAAAAUUGAAGUAAAUCCCUUUCCAGGUCUUUGACCAUUCAAUUCUUUCAAGCAUAUUGCGAUUUUCAUGUACUUCUAAGAAAAGCUGGCGGCUCAUUUCUUCUAAGCCAUCUAUUUCUAGUUUUAAUUGGUUUAUAUCUGUAAUAAUAAUUAUUUUUACAAUUCCUAUGAAGUUUUUGUUAUUUAAAAAACUAACUUUCAUUACUCCUAUUGCCUGUAACAGAAGAAAUAAUUCCCCAAAUACCCUUUUUCCCUACAGCAUCAACUUUCACAUGUUGCUUUUUAGCUAUAGCAAUUUUCUUUUUCCUUAAAACAAGCAUAUCCAUGGUUUGAAUGAGUCUUUUUUCAAUAUUUGAAACAUCAGUUUCUGAAACUUCCCUCAUGAAAUAUUUCAUUGAAGUAUAAGGAUAAUUGACAGCACCAAAUCCUGAUAAAAGGGCCAUUACAGUAACUCCAAUUACUCCUAUUCUGGAGACUAAAGAUUCCAUGCUAAAGAAUCCUUGAUUUGGAUGGUUGAUUGGGAAAGGGUCUCCAAUUUUCCAAAAUACUGCUAGGAAUAUUAGCCAAGUGAGGAUGGUGAGAUGUUUAACAUAAUCACUCCUAACUAAAAAUAGUUAUUUUAAGUCUAAAUACAGGGUGUAUAAUUGAAUAUACAGUGUGUUUCCUAAGUACAGUUGAUUGAGUGAUUAUUCCAGGCACUUGAUUCCAAUCAAGAGAGCCAGGAAUAAUCAAAAAUUGAAAUUAAUCAAUUAUGAUGCCAUUUUGUAGCUUCUCAUAUUGACUUCAUAUGAGCCACCCUCUAAUGACAUUCAAUUAAAAAACACACCCUGUAUAAUAAUUUACCAUAUCUAAUGUUGCUUAUACAAUAAUAAGCAAUAUAAAAAGGAUUUAGCACUAUAACUACAAACAAUAGUAGAUACAGCAUCAAGCACCAGUAAAAGUAUCUGGAACUGAAAUUUAAUAAUUAAGUAAAAUAAGGACAAAAACCCAAUUAUUACCUUGCCUCCAAAAACCCUAAAAUUUCGAAUAUAAUCAGUUCGAACAUGGUGCAAGAUAGAGUCAGGGUGAUGCUAAAAAUGAGCUGCACCAUUACGUGCCGGACUUCGUAGUCUUUGAACAGUUGUUUCAUGAAAAAGAGCCAUGCUCCAAUGAAAAACAGAACCUGGAGUACAUAGAUAAAUAGUUAUAGUUUUAUCUAUAUCUAUAAGGAAUGUGGAAAGUUAUACUUUACCGCACACUGUGUGGGUAAAGAAACUUUAUGCAGUUGAGUAGUGUACAGUAAAGGGUACUUUACUGCACGCUUAUACAUCAAUAUGUGUUUCUACUUACUUGUGAGGAAAAUACCACGACGCUGUCGGUCCAAAAAGUCAUUUGUAAUGUUGCUCUUUCGCAUUACUUUAAUAAAUUGCGAAAUUAAUUGAGUUUUGCAAGAAAACAGUGUUUUUCCUUGGAGAAUCACUUUGUUUGUUUACUUUUUAGGUUAUGUUUACGUGUACUUGAACAACACACUGUCA